AUGGAGAAUCCAUCCAGCGGCGGCAAAUUCCGAGAGGCCCGACUGAGAACAAACAGAUGGCGAUUAGAGCAUAUUCCUGGCGAGCACACCCCAUUUCUGGCGAAUUUCAGUCAGCGACGGCUCGAGCUCUGUCCGACUGACUUGUUCUCGGAGCAGGCUCGUCUUCUUUUCUGGCGGGCCUCCGUUCGACUUCAACGCAGCAAACCCACGCCGGCGAUCCAUGUUCAGCAGCAGUCCUCCUCGCCAUCGCCGGAGGAAAGACGGCAGCCCUUCCGGGCCCCGUGCAAAAAUAGCGGCAGCCCUUUCGGGCCCCGCGCGAGAGUAGCAGCAGCCCUGUUCGCAAAAGCAAAGUCGAGCCCAGUCCCGAGCCGUGCGUGUGUGAUAGCAGCUUGUCCGAAGCCUGUGAACCGAACCCUCCUUCAUCUGUUUCUCGUUAGUCCCGAUGAAGUUUCUUUGGGGUAUUAUUUGAGUGAUUACGGCUGUGUUUAUGUUUUUGGUUUUAGUGAGCAGGUCAGGAUCUUGAGGUCCAGACUGAAGGUUCAGAAUUUGCGAGACAACAAGUUUAGAAAGUUCGCCAAUAGCGGCCUGGACUUGGUAAUCAUCCGAGUCCCUUUGCUUCAGCCAACCUGA